AUGGUUUUAUCAAACUCAGCUAUCGUGCCACCCAUUUUGUAUCUGGCCAGGGACAAGUCAGAUAGUGAAAUGAACGUAUAUUGCACCGCGCUCGCUGUUGCGGUGUUGAUGACGACAUUGCCGAUAGGUUCGUGUACUGACGUCGAACAUGUUCUGCGAAGUGAUGAGAAGGCGAGUCUCAGAAAACUUAAGUCGGGAUUGUUGACGAGGCAAGAUGAUACAGACGCUACGGGCUUAAUAGCUCAAAGCCAGGAGCUUAAGAAAAGGGAUAAACCUAAUGAUUUUGAGACUAACGAUAAGUGGAAGCUUGCAAAAGAUAUUAAGAUAACCAAAGGAGAGGCGACAAAACGAGAGCGCUUGACAUCAAGUGCAUCGCCUAAGAUUGUUGGGCUUAACACUUUGUCUGUCCAUAGAUAUAUAUCAAAAAAUAUCUGGCGAGACAUCACUGAAAGAGAAGAUGUAAGUGCUAAAAAGGGAGAUUUGAGCUCAACUCCGAACUCGGAAGAUAAGAAGAGUGACAAACACGCCAGCUUUCAGGCUAAACAAAACGAAGAGCUCGCGAAAAUUGAUGCCGCAAAGGUAGCCAAAGUAGACUCAGUCAAAAGCCAGCGCUUCCAACCGCCUGUGAUGCCCAAGACCCCUGAAUCUAGCACUUCGCCAAUCACAGGGGCUAAAUCGAAAAAGAUCUGGACAGACGCAAAUAAGAAAGAAGAGAUGAGUGCUCGAAGAAAGCGUUCAAAUUCUGUUCCGAGCUCGGAGGAUAAGAAAUGGAAGGAAAACAACGGCUUCCAAACGAAAGGAAAUACUGACCUAGCAAAGGGGGAUAUUUCUAAAGGUGUAACUGAAGAGAGAGCCAACAACAUGGGAUUGACGACCGCGGUGCCGUCCAAGGUCGCGGAUUCCAACUUUCCGUCACAAAAUAUAGUCAAAGCAAAAAAAGUCUUGAAAGACGAUAUGAAGGAGAAUAAGGUGAUCGAUCAAACGGUAAGUCGGCUUCCGUUUCGGAAUUCGGAAGAUAAGGAAAGAAGAGAACAUACCGACUCACACAUUUUAAGGGCUAAACACCCCGUGGCGGACGUUACUGUGGUCAAGAAAGAGUCUGCAAACGGCAAGGCUCCAAUUCCUGCACCGUCCACACUCGCUGAGUACAACUUUCCAUCGAACAAUGUGGCCAGAGAAACUAAGCUAUGGACAGACAUAUGA